AUGGAUUCAUCUCGCAAGCCAUCAUAUGAGACCCAAUCUUCAGGAGCCGGUCGGUAUCAGUGUACCCAGUGUCAGCGAACUUACACCCGCGUGGACCAUCUUGCGCGUCAUGUCCGAUCGCACCUUCAGGAACGGCCCUUCCAGUGCCAGACGUGCCAGAAAUGUUUCGGGAGAGCGGAUCUCCUCAAGCGACAUAUGCAGUUGCACGGAGAAGACAGGAGCAACAGAAAGAGAACAAGGCUCAUUGGUCCGUACCACCCGCGGGAGAGCAGAGUCUCGGAGGCCUGUCAAGCCUGUGCCACUGCAAAAGUCAGGUGUGACGAUGACAAGCCGUGCAUGCGAUGCCGGCAGCUUCAGAUUCGGUGUGAAUUCUCUCGCCCACCUCAAGCGACCCGGACAGCGAUUAAAGGUCCGACAACAAGGAAAAGUAAGUGCUGUAGAGAGAUACUCGUUCCCUAUUCCUCGAUCAAUCUCCUGACAUUCCAUGAAUGCAGCGCAAGAACCCACUCAGCUUGCUCUGUGCGGGCUCGCAGACCAAGAACCUCCGGGAAUUUUGGAGCACUCAAGAGCUUCCCACCGCAUCUUUCGGAGGUGCACCUGGUCGAAGAACACUUACCGAGAUCAGGACAACUGGCUCCCAACCGUGUCACACCGAAAAGGCAAGCAGGUGUAGGUGUUGAAGCCUUUCAAAAGUCUUCGCUGUCACGGUGGCUGCCGAGUCAGCAAGACAACACUGCAACACACAUGAACCAGCUAUCCAUCGGGGCAGAAGAAGCCGAAGCUUCAUAUAAUCGCUUGUCUCAGGAGCAUCGAGUUCUGAGCGAGCCCUUGACUGCAACCGCCAGUAAUAGGCUGUUAGCGGUGAUACUGAGCACCUGCGAUGCUGAGAAAGGCGCCGCCAUUGCUGCGGCCUUCCCUCCACGCCAGCAUUUAGCGAAGCUGGUUCAGAACUACAUGACACAAAACCGGGACAUGUCCGCGACUUUCGUCCAUGCACCGACUUUCUGUCCGAAUAGAGAGAGGCCAGAGCUUCUUGGUGCCGUCAUCGCCGCCGGUGCGGUCCUGUCGGAUAGUAGGUCGUUGCAGGAAUUCGGUCUCGCCAUCCAAGAGGCGCUCAGUUUGGUGGUUCAAAAACGAUGCGAGAAGUCGAAUACCGUCACAAGGGAAUUAUGGCUCCUGCAAACUCUGAUGUUCGAGAUUGAGAUUGCUCUUUGGAGCGGAAGCAAGCGCAAGAUGGAAAUCGCCGAGAGCCAGACGCAUGUAUUGUUCACGAUGCUACGUCGCAGUGGAAGAUUUCAGAAAUGCCAAAAACCCAUCCCCGCCCCUCUGUCCCAGGAUUCCGGAGCGGUACUACGCCAAAAAUGGAUCACUUGGAUGCAACAAGAGUCCUACAAGCGAUUGUCGUUCUACGCCUUCUUGUUGGAUCAGCAGCUUUCAAUGGCCUUGCUUGUCAGUCCUCAAAUAUCCUAUGCCGAAAUGCUACUGCCCUUGCCUGAAUCGAACGAACUUUGGACUGCGGAGGACGCCGAGCAGUGGAAGAGUAUCUAUCUGAAGCUCCCCGCCCGACCGGUAGAACAGCUUAACCUUUCCAUGGUGAGCCUUCUACAAAAGCCACUGGAAAUCUCUUCUCUACCGAAUUCCUACGACUUGCGCCUCUCUACACUGAUUGUGCUCCACGGCUUGUGGGGCAUGAUUUGGGAAUGCACCCAGCUUACGUCCGUCCUCCGCAGUGGCCUCAGCCAUAGCAGCGCUGCUGCAACGCUCCACCAAGACCUCUGUCAGGCGCUCGAUAGCUUGCUUAUGGCUGUGACAGAAGUUGAAGAAGCUCAGACACCUGAGGUUUACCUGAUGUUGGGGUUGCUCACGAUAUACCUCCACGUAUCUCUCGAAAAGGUCCAGUUAUUUGCAGGUAAAGAAGAUUUAGAGGAGGCCCGACGCGUGCUCCCGCUCUUGCAGGAAUGGGCAACGCUUCCGAGUGCUCGGCAUGCAAUCUGGGGUGCAGGCCAGGUGCUCCGCGCUGCAAAAGCAUUCCCUGUCCGACAGCUGAGAAACUUUUACGCAAUUGCCGUCUAUCACGCUGGCCUGACCUGCUGGGCGUAUGGGCUCAUCUCUCUGAAGAAUGAGUCACGAGGAAGUGAUGCACAGAGAACGCAUUUAAACUCACCUGCUACCACCAUAUGGCUAGAUGGACCUGACACAAGCGAUGUUAGACGUUUUAUUGCUCUUGGCCGCGGUUCUCCCAGCGUAGGCUACCGGCAGAGUGGCGAAGUGCCAUCCACAGGAAUUGCAUCUCUGUCUGACCCUGUGGCUCUUAUGGGGGUUGUAUUGGGUAUACUGCAAAACAAUAUAGAGCAGCAGACAGGUAGUGCUUCGAUACCACCUCUGGUAGAGAACCUGAUUCAGCUUAUUACAGACCUGGGAGAGGCGGGUUUAAUUGCUAUAAGUAACCUAGCUUACUAG